AUUGGCGAAUUGCAUCUUAUAUCAAAAUAUAAUAACGAUGCAGAUUUUUCUAUUCAUGUUAAAAUGAUAAUUUCAAUUGCAUUUGUUUGCAUCAACAAUAUUGACAUGGCAAUCGACGCAUUAGAUGCAUAUUUACCAGAAGAACUUCAGCCCUUGCUUGAAUGGUUUGAAGAUAAUUAUAUCGGAAGAUUAAAUCGAAAUGGACGUGGACGGAGACCUGCUAGAUUUCCACCAUCAAUUUGGAAUUUAUACGAACGAGUUUUAAAUGGUAAACACAGAACAAAUAAUCAUGCAGAGGCUGCCAACCGUAGAAUAAAUGUUGAAAUGGGAACGGUUCAUCCUACAAUAUGGUCAUUUAUAACGUGCUUAAAAAAGAUUCAAGCUGGAAGAGAUACAUAUUUAUUUCAAUUGGAAUCAGGAAGGAGUCCCUCUAAAAAGCUCAAAAAAUACAUUGACACAGACAAACGUCUAUUAAAAAUAGUUCAAGAAGCAGAUACACGAGACAUUUUAACAUAUUUAAGAGGUGUAGCACAUAAUAUUUCUUUACAAUAA